AUGCAUAGUGGUGGGCAAAAGCAACGUAUUGCCAUUGCUAGAGCCAUUGUUAGGGUUCUGAACAUUCUGUUAUUAGAUGAAGCUACUUCUGCUCUAGAACCUACAUCCGACAAACGCUUACAAGAUGCCUUAGAAGUGGCCAGUACAGGAAGAACUACACUUGUAGUAUCUCACCGUCUAACGACCAUAACUAAUGCCGAUAACAUAGUAUUCGUUAAAGAUGGUGUUGUCGCAAGGCAUCCAUUUAUUUUCGAUUCGCGAUCAAUAAUGGAGAAUAUAUUUUCAUUAGCGGUUUUAGAUUUAGUAUGUGCUCGAGAUUUCGAUUCAAUGGAACAGAAAAAUAUUAAACCCAAUGACAUCUUCUAG